CCGGUCCGUUGGAUAAGAUGGAGAAGAGAUACAUAUGUACAGAUAGACACUCAGAUGCAAAACCCUAAUCGAAGAUCGAUCAAAAAACCCUAGCAAUUAUCCACUAGAAAACUCCUAUUUUCGCAUUGGAAUUCAACAUUUUGGAGCUACACGGAGAAUACCUGGAACGGUUUUCGGUGACGUCGACGCUGCACUUCACCGAGAUUGAGAUUUUACUAGAAUCCGGGAGAUGAAUGCGUUGACUACCACGAUGACGUUUUGUCCGAGCUCGUUUCAGCUCAAAUUGGCACUCGGGAGCCGGAAGUAUCCAUUUGCGUUUGUGCGGACGCGGUUGCCAGAGCUCGAACGGCGCAGUUUGAAUUUCGUGUCGGUGGUGGUACGUAGCAGUGCGGUUGGCAGUAAUGGAGUGGGACAACGUAGCUCUGGAAAUUCCUCUUGGGUUAAUGCGAAUUCUUCAGCUGAUGAUUUGUCUGGUUGGGCCAAUGCCGAUGGUGAACCAGAGUCUGGUGAUUCGAAGCGCAAGCAAUCGCUUGUAGUUUACUUUCAGGAAUACUAGGAGCAGGAGCUGCUGGGGUUAUUCUACUUGUUGGCCUCACUUUUGCUGCACUCUCUAUAAGUAAAAAGAGUACUUCAGGAGUUAAAAAAGAAAUGGAGCCCUUAACAACACAACAAGAAAAGUCAUUGUCAUCGGAUAACUAUGAGGAUGAGGCUGAAGAGGAGAAAAGUAAGGAGAAACUUGGGAUGUUGGAGAGUGGUGGUGAAGAAAGCAAGACAGGUAAAGAUGACGAUUCUUCCUUAUAUAAAGAAAAUAGGGAGGCUAUUGAAAAUAGAAUUAGUGAUGAUAGUGGUUUGAGGCAGUCAUCUGUUGAUGGUGAUCUCAUGAAUAAUGCCUCCAUUGCAACAGCUGCUCAAACAGAAUCAGUUAGCAGUGACAGUCAGGUUUCUCCUGAAUCCACUGAUAAACCACCUAUGUCCGAUAUAGCUGAUGGCUCCUUUGAUGUGCCAAGGAUUCAGAGUAAUAAUAGCAGUGUAGCUUCUGGAAACCCCAUUGAACCGAAAACCGAGGAUCCUGCUGAUGCCAAAAUCUUAGAGCCAUCUGCAUUUGAUGCUAAUUCUGAAAUUACUGGUCAUCCAAAUGAGGCAUCCAACUUUAAUGACUGGGAACAGUCGGGCAUGUCACUAGAUCCUGCUUCUGUUGAUCCUUCAAUUUUGAAUAGCUCGGUCGAAUUAGAGUCUGAUGCAGUUACUCAAUCAAGCAUUAUCCAAGACCUUGUGGAGUCUGGAAGUGUGAUUUCAACCAGAGAUAUGGAGUCAAGUAAAGAACUUUUGACAGUGGAUGUUUUGGUUGAUGAGGAUGAUAAAUCUGCAGUAGGGAAAAUUCUGAAUGGAACUGCAUCAACGGUGGCACCUUUGGUACCAGAAGUAACGUAUCAAUCUGGAAAUGAAAACCUUGAAACUGAUUAUAAUGAUAUCAAUGUUAGAAGAUCCUUUUCUGAAUCUGCAAAUCCUGGAAACUUUUUCACUUCAGCUGGCAUACCUGCUCCAUCUGUUGUCUCUGCAGCUCUGCAGGUUCUGCCAGGAAAGGUUUUGGUGCCUGCUGUUGUCGAUCAGCUUCAAAGUCAGGCAUUAUCUGCUUUGCAAGUUUUAAAGGUGAUCGAGGACGAUAUUCAACCUGGAGAUUUAUGUACUCGUCGGGAGUAUGCUCGUUGGUUGGUUUUAGCCAGCAGUGCUCUUUCCAGGAACACAACUUCAAAAGUCUAUCCUGCUAUGUACAUUGAAAACGUUUCUGAACUUGCAUUUGAUGACAUUACACCUGAAGACCCUGAUUUUCCAUCCAUUCAAGGCUUGGCAGAAGCUGGACUUAUUGCCAGCAAGCUUUCAAGACGUGAUAUGCAGACAGAUGAAGACCCAAGUCCUUUAUUCUUCUCUCCUGAAAGCCCUCUAUCACGUCAGGAUCUUGUGAGUUGGAAGAUGGCCCUAGAGAAAAGGCAGUUACCAAUAGUCGACAGAAAGACCUUGCAGCAUGUAUCAGGCUUCAUUGAUAUUGACAAGAUCCAUCCAGAUGCCUGGCCUGCACUUGUAGCUGACUUAGCAGCUGGAGAGCAGGGUAUCAUAACCCUAGCAUUCGGAUAUACAAGACUUUUCCAGCCAGAAAAACCUGUGACAAAAGCACAGGCCGCCAUUGCACUUUCAACUGGUGAAGCUUCUGCAAUUGUAAGUGAGGAACUUGCACGAAUUGAAGCUGAAUCUAUGGCAGAAAAGGCUGUUGCUGCACAUAGUGCUCUGGUUGCUCAAGUUGAGAAGGAUCUAAAUGCAAGUUACGAGAAGGAGCUUGCCCUGGAAAAGGAAAAGAUUUAUGCUGUUGAGAAGUUGGCUGAGGAAACAAGGAGAGAAGUGGAGAAACUGAGGGCUAAGAGGGAGGAGGAAAAUCUUUCGCUAAUGAAAGAACGUGCAGCUGUUGAUUCAGAAAUGGAACUGUUCUCAAGGUUGAGGCGGGAGGUGGAGGAACAGUUGCAGACACUUAUGAAUGAUAAAUUGGAGAUUUCAUAUGAAAAAGAAAGGCUGAACAAACUUCGAAGAGAUGCUGAAACCGAGAGUCAGGAGAUAACACGGUUACAGUAUGAACUGGAAGUUGAGCGGAAAGCCUUGUCCAUGGCUAGGGCAUGGGCCGAAGAUGAGGCAAAGAGGGCAAGGGAACAAGCGAAAGCUCUGGAUGAGGCUAGAGACCGAUGGGAGAGGCAAGGCAUAAAAGUUGUGGUUGACAGUGACCUACGUGAGGAAGCUGAAGCUGGAGCUACAUGGCUUGCUGCUGGAAAGCAGUUCUCAGUCGAAGAAACCAUUGAAAGGUCUGAGAACUUAGUGGACAAACUUAAGAAAAUGGCCGAUGAAGUAAGAGGAAAAUGCAAAGAUACAAUUAAUAGAGUCAUUGAGAAGAUAGUCCUAUUGAUAUCAAAUUUGAAGGAAAGGGCAGGGGAGCUACAAGAUGCUGCCAAAUCAAAAUUGGAAAGCUCUUUACAAAGGGUGCAGAAUACAUCUGCUGGAUUUACUUCAACUGUUAAGGAAAGCGUGAAACGAGCUGCUGGAGAUUGGAAAGAAGGUGUUGAGAGAUUGUCACAGAAGUUCAAGACAUGAUUACGUCUGCCAUUUCUGCACGUCAAUCCUUUCUGAGAGUAUAAUUCACCCAUUCUUCUGCUGUUUUUGUCCAUUUCCAAAAUGGAGCAUAAGAAAAUUGAUUAUAAGAUUCUGAUGGGAUGAGAAUAAUGUACCAAGUAAUUUCUGUGAAAGGAAAUUGUACAAACACAACACCUCUUUUGUGAAAUGGUUGUCAUGUCCUGCGAGUAGUUCUGGA